GUGGGCACGCCAUGUCCGCCGCCCUUGCAGGGGCCCAAGAAGGUGGCCUCUCCACCCACUCCUCCAUCUCCCUCCCCAGGAUCUCAAAGCUGGGAGGCCACCUGCUAGUGUGUGGGUGAGGAGGGUUUCACUUAGUUCUCCCUCGGGGCUCCCUUGGGUUCCAUUCGCACUAGGACGGGAGGACAAGUGAAUCCAACAGCCUCAGGGGGGAUCAGGGCAUCGCCUCUUCUUCUUCCUGAAGGACACUCCCUUCAGAUGGUGAAUGGGAACUCCCUUCCUCCUGCAGCAGCCGGCCUGCGGGCGUCCUGAUAGUCCGGUGUGAAUGCGGCAGUGUGAGUGCUCUGCUGCGGCUGCUGCCACUGCCCGGAGGGAAAGCGCCCCAGAGCCGAGGCGAGAGAGCUGCAGUAACCCAGAGGCUCAGAGAGCAGGCUCAGGGCUGCUGGGAAGCAGCCACAGCAAGGUGACGGUGACAGACAGAGCAGAGGGCACCAAGUGGAUGCAGUUUCCCCUGGGACAGCUUUUCAGUCCUGAGAGUGCCACAGUACCCCGCUGCUGAGCCAUGGCUGAAGGAGAAAUCACAACCUUCACAGCCCUGACUGAGAAGUUUAACCUGCCUCCAGGGAAUUACAAGAAGCCCAAACUGCUGUACUGCAGCAACGGGGGCCACUUCCUGAGGAUCCUCCCAGACGGCACGGUGGAUGGGACCAGGGACAGAAGCGAUCAGCACAUUCAGCUGCAGCUCAGUGCGGAAGGCGCGGGGGAGGUGUACAUAAAGAGCACCGAGACCGGCCAGUACUUGGCCAUGGACACCAGCGGGCUUCUGUACGGCUCACAGGCACCAGGUGAGGAAUGCUUGUUUCUGGAAAGGCUGGAGGAAAACCAUUACAACACCUACACGUCCAAGAAGCAUGCAGAGAAGAGCUGGUUUGUUGGCCUGAAGAAGAACGGAAGCUGCAAACGUGGUCCUCGGACUCACUAUGGCCAGAAAGCAAUCCUGUUCCUCCCCUUGCCAGUCUCUGACUAGAGAAAUCUGCUCUGGGCACCGACCACUCCAGAGGAGCCUUGAGGGAUCCUCACCUGGUAGACCCCAAAAUGUUCCCUUAACCAUUGGCUGCACUAACCCCCAGCCCACAGAGCCUGAAUCCGUAAGCAGUGCACUCCUAUAUGCCCAGUUCAUUUUUCGCAGAGCCCUUUGCCCUGGCACAGCUUGGGACAGAAGGACCAAAUUGCCUCUAGGGACCAAAUGGCCAGUCUGAGUCUGGGUGUGGGUGUCCAGUUGCCUCGGCACCUGCUGCAGGCUGAGCUUCUCAAUGCAAAGGCGGAGCCGAGUGAAGUGUUAAGGGGUCUGCUGUGUGGGUCACUCGUAACCCUAACGCUGCCUGCUACUGAGUAAACCUUUGGCUGAAGUCCCCCAAACACCUACCCUGGCUGCCUUUUCUCCUUUCAGGGUUCCACAAUUAUUAGCAAAGAACCUGAUUUCAAGGUUAGAGGAAGGCAGCAUUCCAUGACAGAAACAAGAACAGAGAAUCACAGAAAGGGUCUGAAAUGAAAAGGGAAGUUGCGUGUUGGCGCGCAGCUUAGAAGGAUGGAUCCCAGCACAGGGGAGGCUCAGCUGCAAGUGGGGAGCUGAAGGCAGGGAGGCUCAGCCACAGGAAAGCAGGCUGAAAGUCGUGCUGCCGACCUUCCCAAGGUUACGAGCAGCACUGGAAGCCCCUGACAUCCCGGGAGAGCAGGCACUAGACGUGGUUUCUCAGUAAAGGCAAUGACUUCGAGGUUGGGGCAUUCAGCCGGGUCUAGGAGGUGGGGCUAGGAGGGGAUGGGGGGUGCUGUCUUCCAAAAGGGAGGACUUUAGAAGCAAGCACAGAGAAAGUGACACCAUCGCUUGUGCUUAGCCUCUAAGAAGCAGAGGUCUCGGGGUCCUGGCAUGGGGCUCCCUGCUCCGAUGUGCUUUACAGCUCACCUGGGGACCUAGUUUGUGUGCAGAUUCUGAUGCGGUGAGGCCGGGAGCAGUUUCUGUGUUGCCAACAGCCUCCCAGAUCCCGCAGCGGCUGCUGCUUUCCCCUACCUUCCUGUAAGGAGCAGAGCCUAAAGAGCAUUAUUCAAAUAAAGGUGGCUAAAUCCUUGACCCUCACUAGCUCUGCCUCAUUGUAAACGCACACACACUCCAGGUGGCUCCCUCAACCCCGGGCAGCAUCCACGGUAGUUACGCCUGUAUCGAGAAGCACGAUUUUAAGGCCCCUUGGCCCAGAGCCCAUAAAAUGCCCAUUUAGAAAAACACACAAAAGCAUACUUCAAAAAAAUGUUAAAUCCUCCCAAACAGCUUUUCUCAAGAGACCAUUUCUGUUACCAUUACUUGUAUAAAUACGCUUCCUGCUUAACGUAAACUUGACCCAAGUGGCUAGCAAAUUAGAAACACUAUUCAUCUCCGACAUGUGAUACUGAUGCCCUGGGAAGGCCUUUAAUAAGCCAUUUAAAUUUAUGGUGAGACUGUAUGUUUUAAUCACAUUUUAAAAUAUAUAGCUUUAAGGCAGUUAAACACAUUAGCAUUCAGCCACUGAGAAUGAUAAUAAUAGGAUAUGAUAUACAAGCUACUCAGCUAAUACUUACACUGCAUUUACUUGUGGGAUUGCUGUCUUCCAUUGUGCUGUUUCCGAAUUUUCUUUUGAAAAUGGGUUCUCAUAAGCAAUGAUACGAUAAUUGUGGGUAAAACUGAUGAGAGUGUUAGCUCAUGUUUUACAGGGAAUUGCAGUCAUUAUUAAUGGAAAAAUAAUUCCUCUGCAGUCAUUAUGAAUUGAAAAAUAAUUCCUUAUUAAUUGAACUGUCAUACUUAGGACAGAAGAAAAACAAUGUGAAAGUUCAGCGUGACAAUGCAACUGAGGAACUGAAACGAGCUGACAUGAUGGUGAAUAGCAGUGCCCUGCUUUCGUACAGCAAAAUGAUUCCACCACCUUUUGUUUGUAUAACUUGGAUAAGAUGAUUCUCUUUUAUUUUUGUAAAUCUUUGCAUGCAAGCUGGGGAUAAGGCAACUGGGCUUACCAUCACUUUAGUAAGAAUAUCUGGCCUGUGAAAGGUACUCAGAAAGGAGAUGUAAGAUAUUUAAUAUUCCAUAAUAUUUAUUGUGUGAAUCAAAUUUAAGUGUAACAUUGGCCAAGAAAAAUUAAAUACUGUUGCUAACAGACGAGAUGAUGGCCUGUGAUUUCAGAGGCCCCAAGCACUACAGGAGGCUGUAGCCUGAUGUCUCAGCCCAGCCAUCAUGCACAUAUUUGCUCAGUGACUAUUACUUGCCCCCUGUGUGCCAGGCAUUGUACUGGGCGCUGGGCUUCUUGGGGACCAUUUCUGUCUAGAUUGCUGUUGUGUGCUCUGAAGGGCAUUACUUUAUGUUGAAAGAUGCUGUGGAUUCCUUUCUUUUAGUCAAGUAAAAAUACAGCCUCUGCUGUAUACAGCUAUACAGUUACUGCUGCAUAAAUAGCACAUCCCAGACAUUCAGGAUUUGGAAGAUUUAGCAAUCCUCAACAUAAGAUGAACCUCUAAGAAAGUGGCAGAGGACAUGGCAAAGUCAACCCAACCUUUUCAACUUUAGAUCUGCAUCAGCUCCAGCGGGACUGCUAGAAGGAGGAAGAGCCCCGAAGAUCUUGUAAGAAGGAAGUGGCGGACAGCUUCCUUGUACUGUUCGGAAUCUGCGAACAUUAAACACAGGGACGUUCCUGUCUUGUUCUCUCUUCCAUAAGUAAGUCUUGCAGCCAUCGGCCUGUCCUAUGCCUCUCACGUGGACUCAUUUCCAGGCUGACUGUCACAAGGUACCUGCCGCUCUGUACAAAGCAUCUGGAGCAUCAAGACUUUUGAGGGUUGGGGAUGCAGUGGCAGUGGCUCAGCUGUCACUGAAGAUAAAGUCCUUCCUUUGUGUUGGAGGCACAAGAGCACGUGUCCUCAGUCUUGCAGAACAUUCUGCCUGAUAAGGUUGGCCUCCAGUGAAGGCCACACCUGCCAGCGGCUCCCUCCCUCUCCCUUCCUCUCCGUCCAUUCCCCCAUCUGCAUCUCACAAAUAUUAAUAAAUGUCCAGUAACAGCUGA